AAUAGUGUAAAUCGUAUAAUCGGAUUCCUUUUAUCAAACACUCGACCGUGCUUAAAUUUAAUUUCUAUCUAUUUCGAAAUCGCUGAGGGUGCCUGGAGCAGCUGCUGGUGUUGUGUUGGAAUAAGUACAGUCUGUGCCGCCGCCCGCAGAGUUACCGGUUAUCACGCCGAAAUAGCUAUAUACGGUAUAUACAAUCUUGACUUUUCUCAAGCCGUGUGUGUCAGUGUCGUUAUCAAUAUUUGUGUUCGAUUCGGUGGUGUUCGUGGUGUUAGUUAUCGGGAUCGCAUUACAGAACAGUAACCAACGAAAGGUAGUGUUACUUUUCGCUUCAAUCGGUUAAGACUUUAGAGACACCGCUGUAGUUUAAGAGUGGCGACGAUGGAUUCCUCAGAAUGGUUCAGUGAAAUUUCCGAUCAACUAUGGCCAGGUCAGUGCUUUUCACUGAAAGUCAAAAAAGUACUUCAUGAAGAACGGUCAAAAUACCAGGACAUCAAGAUACUUGAUACCUAUACAUACGGAACUGUAUUGGUGUUAGAUGGAAUUAUUCAAUGUACUGAACGAGACGAAUUUGCUUACCAGGAGAUGAUAGCAUUUCUUCCACUUUGCUGUCAUCCAAACCCUAAGAAAGUACUUAUCGUGGGUGGAGGAGAUGGAGGUGUAGCUCGUGAAGUCGUUAAACACCCAAUGGUAGAUGAGGUUCAUCAGGUUGAGAUCGAUAAUCGAGUGGUGGAGUUAUCUAAAACAUAUCUUCCAUUUAUGGCAUGUGGAUUUGAUUCGCCUAAACUAAAGUUAACAAUCGGCGAUGGAUUCGAAUAUAUGAAACAGCGAGAAGGUGAAUUCGACGUCAUUAUUACCGACAGUAGUGAUCCGAUUGGACCAGCCGAAUCUCUUUUUAAUGAAUCUUAUUUCGGACUUGCCAAAAAAGCUUUAAAACCAAAUGGAAUUAUUUGUUCACAAGGUGGUUCAUUUUGGGUGGAUAAGACGCUCGUCAAGGACACAUUGAACCACAUCCGAAAACAUUUCCCUGUUACUGGUUACGCUUUAGCAUCAGUACCGUCCUAUCCGUCCGGACAAAUUGGAUAUUUCAUUGCUAGCUUGAAUGAAGAUACGAAACUAAAUGAACCCACUAAAACAUUCACGGAUGAAGAGAUUGAUCGGAUGAAACUUCGAUACUAUACGACAGAAAUUCACCGCAGUGCAUUUACUCUUCCCAGAUUCGCUGCUAAGUUUCUUUACUGAAUUAUAAUUAAUUAUUAUAUGUUUAAAGAAAAGGUAUGGGUAUUUUCAAUAUUCAAAAAGGUGAUAAAUUGUCUAUUAUGAUGUUGAACUGGAAUUACGUAAUAUAAAGUACAAAUCGAUUUCAU